CUCCCAGCCAGCUCCAAGGAGCCAUCGGGAGGGGAGCUGACACCGCCAGGGAGAUUUCCACCGUCCUCGUCGUCCUCUCUCUUUCUCUUUCUCUCUCACUCUUUCUCUUUUUCCCCCCGGCUCCCGAUGGCCUCCCCCCACCCACCCAACUGAGGCCCUCCCCCAAGCCCCCACCCACCCACACCCUGGUCCUCCUCCUUUUCUUCCGCAGGCCCAGGAUCCAGCCAGGGGGAGCUGGCUGGCUAGGCACCCUCUCCUCCUCCCCCCUCUCCUCUCCCCUCCUCCCUCGCCCCCUAAAAAGGGCUGCUCAGCGCGCUGCGGGUUGGCCCCCGAGAUGAUGCAGCAGGACGAGUCGAACUCUCCAGUCUCGCCCGCCGACGACAGCCUGAGCAACAGCGAGGAGGAGCCCGACCGGCAGCAGCAGCAGCAGCUUCAGGGCUCCGGCAAGCGAGGGGGACGCAAGAGGCGAUCGAGCCGAAGGAGCGCCGCCGGGGUCGGCGGAGGAGGCGGAGGCGCAGGAGGCGGAGGAGGAGGAGCCGGCGGGGGGAUCGGUUCGGCGACCGAGGAGCCGUGCAGCCCGGCGCAAGGCAAGCGGGGCAAGAAAUCCGGCGGAGGCGGCGGGAGCAGCGGCGGCGGCGGAGGCGGGAGCAGCAGCGGAGGGGGCAGCCCGCAAUCUUACGAGGAGCUCCAGACGCAGCGGGUGAUGGCCAACGUGCGCGAGCGGCAGCGCACGCAGUCGCUGAACGAAGCGUUCGCGGCGCUGCGCAAGAUCAUCCCGACGCUGCCGUCGGACAAGCUGAGCAAGAUCCAGACGCUCAAGCUGGCCGCGCGCUACAUCGACUUCCUCUACCAGGUCCUGCAGAGCGACGAGCUCGACUCCAAGAUGGCCAGCUGCAGCUAUGUGGCCCACGAGCGCCUCAGCUACGCCUUCUCCGUGUGGCGCAUGGAGGGAGCCUGGUCCAUGUCUGCCUCUCACUAGCCUCCCGCGCCGACUGGCCCGGCCGGAGACCGAGGUAAGCGGGAAAGGGACGCGACGGGACGGGCAGGAGAGAGAGGGAGAGAGAGAGAUCUGGGAUUUGGGACGAGGAGGGGGGCCGCGCUUAGACUUGGCCUUCGCCGUGGGCCUGCUGGAGCAGCCUGACUCUCGAGGAAUCCCUCUGAGACGGGCGGGCGCAGCUGGACUGCAGCCUCGCCUAGACUGCGAAAGGAACUCGCUUUGCGCACGAUCUCGGGACCCCGGACACGCAUCCGGGUGGAGCGGCCAAGUUCCCUGGAAAAUCGGGCCCUUUUGCCUGCAGGCCAAGCUGGGCUAGGCUUCCUUGUGAGGAAGCACUCCCGUCUCACAACCUCUCUCCCCUCCUCUCGAUCCUUUGCUUAAGAGAGAGAGAGAGAGAGAGUUAUCCCCCAUUCCCUUUGAAUCCUCACUUCAGUGCUAGUUAAGAAUCCGUCCAAGGCCGCUGGUACUUGCAAAGAUCUAUAGGGAGAGAGCCUCUCACUCUCUUUCUUUCUGGGAGACGGGAGAAAGAAGGCCUCUAGGACGCUCCCUCCCGGUUUCGGAGAUGCUGAGGCUCGCCCGCCACUCUGACGCCUCCUUAACUUCCCGCAUCCUCCUGAGUAAGUCCCUCUGGACUCCAGAGCGGACUAACUUUUUUUCUGGGGUGGAAAAAAAGCAUUCGAGUAACACGCCCUGCCUUUCCCCAGCUUUCAAAGAUGGAAGGCUGCCUUUCCAAAGCAGCGCGCGUAGGCCUUAGCAGCCCGGCUUAGGCGGGAUGGAUUUCCGCGUGCGGGAUGAAGGAAAGUCAGGCUAGACCAAUAGCAGCAAGCGAAAAAGCGAGGGUAGCAAGUCGCCCUGAAUGGCAGAGAGCGGGGUCCACCCCUGAACUGUAUUGUUAAGGCAUCUAUCUCCCUCCCCUUCUGAAUACGUGCCCUACCGGGGUGCACCCCGGAUCAUCUCUGCCCGAGCCAAAUUCCUUGGUGGUGGGGCAAGGUUGAAACGGGACUUCCGGGCCUGCAGCCUGAGAAGGGAGUUAGGCCAAAAAUCAGGAAGAGGGGAAAGCCUUUAUUUAAAAUUCCAAUUGCUAGACACCCCCUCCAUGCGCGCAGGCACCCCUCUCGCAAACAAUCAGCGAACUCGCUAGAUUCGCCAACCCAAAGCAGAAAAGCUUCCACUUCGGCAUUUACUGUAUUCGAGUCGCCCUCCACUUCGGGGGAGAUCCGGGUGAUCCCAUCCCAAGAAAGCUUCCUUGGAGGCCACUUCGGCUUGAAAAGGAAGAAGUAAAUUCUUGAGUAGGAAAGGUAUUGCAUUUCCUAACGCCGACCCACAAACCCACCGCUAGAUCCUAGACACACGCUUUCUUGCGGAGGUCCUCUCUUGACUUCAAGGCUAGUUAACUGGCCGUGGAGCCAGCCAGAAAUAACACGCAGUCCACAGAAGCGUCUCCUUUAAAGAGCAUGUGCCCUGCGUUGGACCGUAGCUGUGGCGUUAAGUUUAAUGUUUUGUUUAGUUAGCCCCACCCAAAAAAAUCUUGCGGAAUUUCCAAAUGCGUUGAUUCCGAGGGAGCUCCUUCCCAAGGAAAAGGCUGUUGGAAGCAGAUCGCUUGGUUGUGGGGAGUCUUAAAUGCGCCUUUUCCUUUUCUCGCGGAAAAAAAUCCUGUAUGCCUAUGGCAUCGGGGUCCCGAAGGUCUGAUGGGACGUUGACUGAUUCUCGUUGGGAUUCUUCGGCAAAUUGGAUCGGCCGCCCUAAACAUAAUCUCUCAAAUUACGCAACUAAACUGGUUUGGGCGUAGUGGUGACUUCUUAUUUAAGGUUUGCAAAGCGUUCUAUGUUGGGUUAGAGUCUCAGAGUCAGCGCACGCCGCUUCAUUUUUUAAGAAGAUCAAUGAGCCCCCAUAAUCAAACAGGUCCUUCUUAUGACUGACUGUUGCAGCCUCUUUCCAUGAGUAAGUUCCACGGAUCCCAGUCAGACCUGCUGCCAAAUUAAUAUGCUUAGGUCAGCAGGCGGCUCCUGUGCAUGUUUACUCGGAGGUAGGUCUCACGGAGUCCGGUCGAGCUGGUAGACAAGCAUUGACUUGUCCCAGCCUAGAGACCGGUGGCGCCACCAUGGAAGAAUCUCAAGAACAUUUGUACCUCCAUCCUGAUGCUGCGAUCCUCUGCACACAACACCUAGGGAGAAAACCUAAGGAGCAAGCAUGGAUAGGAUCGAGCUGUUAAAUCUGCUUUCUUGGAAACUAAAUGGAUUUGAAGCCUUAAUUCGAACCUUUAUCAGUAGUACAUAUCAAUACUGAUCGAAAUGGUGCUGGGAUGGAGCCUUACUCUGCUGAGGGUUACUCAACCACGUAAAGCUGCGGGAGAACUCAAAGAGAUACUCCGCUCCCAAACGUUUGUAGUUUUUAACCUCUCACAGAGCUGCAAUUCCCAGCGCCCUUAAGGAACUACAGUUCCCGGGGUUCUUUGGGUGAAGUCAUGAGUUUGAAAUGAGUGGCGCGUAGGCAACCUAAUUCUCAGUAUUCUAACAAAAUGUGGCGUAUAAUGAGAUGUUCAAGGGGGAGCCUGGCCUGAGAAAUGGUCGCAGAGUCUCCCCUAUUGGGGCUGCAGCUCCAUUAACUGACUUCCGAGUAAAUAUAUAGAACGAGGCUGUAAGUCUCCUGGCUUGCGGCCUUGAGGAGGACAGACACGUGGGAAUGUACUACACGUUCCUGUCCGUGGAAUCUUCAGGAAACGCUUAGGGUGGCGUGGGAAUUUGGGAGAGAAGGAAGCACCGCAACUCCCGACCCCAUGCAUGUUUACUGGGAAGUCAGACCCACCCAGGAGCGCAGCUUAAGGUCUAGUCUUGUGCAAACGUACUUAAAGUACCAACCCUACUCAGAGCUGCAUAUGACAUUCCCCAGGGAAAACACGAGCAGUACCCGGGUGAUGCAUAGCUGCAAUCCUAUACUGUACACGCUUCCCCCGGAGCAAAAAGUCCCAUCGGCUCAGCAGCGGGGAUGAAUUGGGGUGCAAAUGAGACUAUCCGGGCAGCCAGGGUUCCUCGCCACCACAACUCCCUUUUGAAGGCAUUUGGGGUUUGCUUCCAAGUAAACAUGAUCGGGAUUGGAGCAUUACGUGAAGCCAAGGGCCGCCCAGCAGUUUCUCCUCCAGUAGCAUCAGGCGACUGCUGAGCUAGGCCGGAGGUUGAGGGCCCAGACCAGAGCGCCUACCUGGUCAGGUUAAACAAAGCAGCUUAACUGUCACGGGGAUCGCAGCUUGCAAUCGAACCGCAAUCGGCAGCCUGCCCGCCAGCCUCCUACUGCCUCUCUCCGGAUGGGCAGAGACCCACGACCAGCCUCUGCUUCCCCUCCACCCCCCAAAAAAUAUUUGUUUUGUUUUAAAUUUGUGCCUCAGUCUCCUAGCCGUACUUACAGCGCACACAGGGAAAUUAGGUGGGGACAACUCAUGAACCAUUAUUAUUACUAUGAUUCCUUGAAGUGACUGGGAAAGGAUCCACCUCGGGUUGCUGAACAGGCUUCCUUGAAAGCAAGCUACCCCCAGAUCUGAGGGGACCUGCUUCCAAGUAGCUGAUCUUAAGAGCACCAGGGGGAAGCGGUCCCCCCCCCCAUGCACUAGAUUCUCCUAGAUAUCCGUAACACUCCCCUCUGCGCGUUUCCUAAUUUCAUGCCUCUCCAGCAGGGCCCUCCCCCCUCCUUCCUUUGUGCUUUAAUUCCUCCUUCCCCCCCACCCCCGUGGACACACAGAAGCACAUUGUGUAGAGCAGGCUAGAAUCAAACAUUUGCAGCGGUGUUAUUUGCUGGAAUUGUGACGCGUAUUUUUAUGCCGCCCUUCAAUCGUACUCAACCAGGGCGGUGUACCAAAAUAUAUACAAUGGACAUGUGCAGAGAUAGAAAGUAACACAACCGAAAGAAGGAGGUGUUUCAUUUUUUAAAAAUAAUUUUAAAAUAUGCCUCUUUCUUUUAAUAUAUGUGCGCAAUAUAUUUCAUUUUCCAUUUCCAGUAACCAACAUUCCCUUCUUCUCUUUCUCUCUCUGGGUUUUUGCAGAUGACAUUUGUUCCCAAAGAAGGAGAGAAAACGGACAAUCUAGAGAGAGACUCUGCACUUGGACUCGGCUCCCCUCCUUUGUUUUUCUCUCCCCCCUUUGUUCCCUCUAAGACAAUAUAUAACGCCAAGGAUUUUCUUGGAAAUUGAGCGGCGUUCUUGGCCCACGUUGCAAGGAGCAGGGCGUUGGGAGACCAGGAGAGGCGAGAGACCCGGGGAGGGGGGGCUCCUCGGAUGGUGAGGCGGCUGAUCCAGAGGCGGCCAAAGGGCCCUACCAGACAUCUCUGCAUUCUGAUCAAAAAUCUGAACCGGUUUUAUUUUUAUUUUUCUAUUUUGACGAAGAAUGUUGGAAUUUAACUUUUUUUCCUCUUUACUUCCUUUUUUUUUUUUUUGUUCUUGCAUGCAUGCAUUCCCAAGAGAGUUUAUGAGCCACUCAUGAAAGGAAAUACGUUACUGUGGACUCCCCCCAUUUCCCUCGCUCUCUUUUUGGAACAGAUCUAAUGACAGAGAAACCCGGAAAGGAAAAAACCCGUUUAGAACGAGUGAGAAAGGAAAAUAUAUUUUUUAAGAAAAUAUGUUUAGGGUAGCUAUGCAUUAUGGGCUCCAAAACUCUUAUAUCCUGCUCCUCUUUCAUUUAUAUUUUAUUUUUCCUGCAAGAAAAAAAAGGAGGGGGAAAUGGGGUGGGGGGAGAGCGAGAGAAAAAAAAUGAAACAUUCUAUUUAUUUAUUGAUGACCCAUGUUAAAAAAAAAAAUGCAAAUAGAUCCGGUGUCUAAAUGCAUUCCUAUUUUUAUGAUUGUUUUGUAAAUAUCAUUGUAUAUUUUUUUCCUGCAAUAAAUAAAUUGAAAUGUUA